GGCGCUUCCGUUGUCGGCAGUCGUGUUGACUAUUUCAGUUUGUACUACCUGUGGACGCGGGAACGUGUUCUUCCGAAGCAGCCAAGCCGAACGAUGGGAUCCUUCCACCUGAUGCUGGUCGCACUGGCCGUCCUGGGCUGCGGCGCGGCUGUGUCGGCGGCUACCUGUCAGUCGGAUGCCGAUUGUUCACGAGGCCAGCGGUGUGUUCUCCACUCCAACUACUCGAGCAGGGCCAACUGUGAAAGCGAUCGCCGUUGUAUCGCUGUUUCUGCUACGUCUUGCUCGUGCGAGUCUGGCUUCCAAUGCCGGCUUAAGGAUUGCCCUUCGUCACCAUACGAGUGUUUGGUCCUGGAAAACCAAGGAACCAGAUGCGGCGGAAGAAAUGGUCCUCAGUGUAGACCGAACCAGGUCUGCGCAUACGAAAAGACCGGCUUGGUGUGCAUCAAGUGCCCCUGUUAUGGCACCGACCGCGCCGUGUGCGUGAACAAGAAGCCUGACGUCGAGUGUGGGCCCAACAGCAUCGUACAGGUGAACCCCGACAACAGCUACGUGUGCGAUGGUUGCGCCUCCGCCACCUCUGUGCUUACCCGCUAGCGGCACCGGUGACUUUCCUGAAGACAACGCGCAGUGCCCCAAUUGCAUCAUUGCUGGAAAGACACAUUCGUCGCGAUGCGACCACGCCUCUGCGUCUAUCAUUCAAAUAAAUGGGUGCCGGGUUGA